UAGCGCAAUGAAGAGCAGCGUCGACCCGUCAUCAUGUGCACCGGGCUUCCGAGGACUCCCUGUCCGCUGCGACUUUUUGCCCUCUGCAUCCUUCUCUCCCACGCAGCAGCCUAUUUCGGCCUUACAGGUCGGGAGCCUCUGGUUUUUCUGCCCGGUCCAUUUGCCAACGAGCCUCCGAACGGUAAAGCGCACCUGAAGCAAUGCGAGCAGAUGACUUUGACGCGCCGGCAAAAGCGCUUAUGCCGGCGAGAACCGGGGCUGGCGGAGACUUUGAGGGAAUCUGUCCGUCUCAGCCUCCUGGAGUGCCGCUAUCAGUUCCGCAACGAGCGCUGGAACUGUAGUAUGGAUGGACGUGGAAGCCUUUUAAAACGAGGCUUUAAAGAGACAGCAUUCCUGCUUGCGGUGUCCUCAGCAGCGUUGUCUCACGCUUUGGCCAAAGCGUGCAGCUCAGGGCGCAUGGAGCGCUGCACCUGCGACGAUUCUCCUGGUCUGCAGCACCGUGAGGCCUGGCAGUGGGGCGUAUGCGGGGACAACCUUAAAUACAGCACGAAGUUUCUCAAGAAAUUCUUGGGGCAAAAACGGGUCAGCAAGGACCUGCGUGCCCAAAUCGACGCUCACAACAUUAACGUCGGCAUCCGGGCGGUGAAGAGCGGACUUAAGACUACUUGUAAGUGUCAUGGUGUCUCCGGUUCAUGUGCUGUGAGAACAUGCUGGAAGCAGCUGUCCCCGUUUCAAGACACAGGCCAUUUGCUGAAGUACCGCUAUGACACGGCCGUAAGAGUGCAUAGUGUUACCAACUCCGCCACUGGGGAGACUGAACUGGCAAGCCCACGGCGCCAUAGCAGCACAGGUCCCCGUCCACGACCCACCGAGCUGGUGUUUCUAGAGGAGUCGCCCAGCUUCUGCAGGCCAUCGCGCUACUCGCCCGGGACGGCCGGCAGACCGUGUUCAAAGGACACCAGCUGCAGCAGCCUGUGCUGCGGACGGGGCUACAACACGGCCCUCCACCUCACCACCCUCUCUUGCAACUGCCAGGUCCGCUGGUGCUGUCAUGUUGAGUGUCAAACCUGCCUUAGAGAAGAAGAGGUCUACACCUGCAAGAAACAUUGACAGCAAGGAGACAGGGAAGGCAAUGUUGAAAGUGAGGAAAGUUGAGGACUAUUACUGCAUCUGCUAGACAACUAGUAGAAUUCUGAGAAGUUUGGAGGUUGUGGUAAGGGAAAAGAUGUUGAGGAUGAUCUGCCAGUCUGAUUUUAGAAUGGCUUAGUCAAGAUGGCUCCCACAUGGAGUUCCGAACAAAGGUUCAGGAGGAACAUGUUCAUUUAAUAUGACCAAUCAGUGCCUGAACAAGCAUAUAUAAGCGACUGCUUACCUCUGCCUAUGACAGUUCUUCCAGCAUCCCUCCACCACCCCAGCUCCACCUUAUUGAUUACCACAAAAAACAGUCAAGGAAAUCCUACAUUCGAGCUCAAGUCAAGUCUCCAGCUCAAACCCUUCAAGUGGACAGCAAGCAAAAUAUUAAAGAUUACAUGAACCAGUAAAACAAGGGUGGGGUUGAACCUAGCCAUGGGUCCCAGAGCAUUUGUGAGAUGCUUGACUAGAUUGAAAAUUGCUUUUCUGCCAUCAUGGAAACCAAAUGGGACAUUCCAUAUGUUUUCCAGCUUCUCACAAGUAAUGGAGGUUUGAAUUGAUCCCUGUUGAACGGUCUGCGUUGAUCGCACAUUUAUGGCAUUGGACUAGUGAUCUGCGACGUUUAGUUAUACUCCAACUAAUAGUUUGGAAGGUAGAUGGCGGUCUGCUCACUUACAUUUCUGACUGCUUGUCUCUCUACCUGCCUAUACUGUACAUCUCUCUAUUGCUCUGAGAGUCCACAUAUGGCUUCAAAAUAUACUGAGAGUAUGAAGCACUUAUGAAUGCGUUUAUUUGUGAAUAUUAUGGUAGUCUUUUAUAUGUAAGGAAGAAAGUACUUGCGUCUGUUAUGGUAUUCGCAGUUAUAAUGCUUAAAGGGAUAGUUCAUCCAAAAAUUACAAUUCUGUCAUUGAUUACUGACCCUCAUGUCGUUCCAAACCUGUAAGACCUUCAUUUAUCUUCGGAACACAAAUUACGAUAUGUUUGAUGAAAUCCAAGGGCUUUCUGACCCUGCAUAGAGAGCUACACAACUACCACGUUCAAGGCUCAGAAAAGGUAUGAAGAACUAGUGAUUGGUGCUUUCGAAGCACUGCUUUGUGAAGCUUCGAAACUUUGGUGAAUCAGUUGUUAGAAACAGUGGUUCAGAGUGAAUAUCAAACUGCCAAAGUCACGUGAUUUCAGUAAACGAGGCUUCAUUACAUUAGAACUGUUUCGUAACGUUUCAAAAUUUCAAUGGUUUGCCAUUGGGGGCGAUCUCUGUGACCCCGUGAAUCGUGCGAUUUCAUUGAGAUCGCCCCCAGCGACAAACCAUUGAUCCAGUGUCUAUGGUUUUUACCGGAUCUCAGAUCAGUUUCAUCAAUUUGUAGACAUUUUUAACGAGACAUUUGUGUAAUUUAAAGAAUGAGAAGUAGUUAAUCGUUUCUUACUGACCUCUAAAUAGAAGCUGUCCAAAAAACAAACAAAGCAAGCCAUGCAAAUUAAUAUUAAAUGUUUUGAAAACCACAUAUGUGACUCUGGACAACAAAACCAGUCUUAUGUAGCAUGGGUAUAUUUGUAGCAAUAGCCAAAAAUACAUUAUCAUUAUCAAAAUUAUGGAUUUUUCUUUUAUGCUAAAAAUCACUCGGAUAUUAAUUAAAGAUCUAUCCAAUUAAAGAUAUCCCAUGAAGACAUUUUUUACAUUUCCAACUGUAAAUAUAUCAAAACUUAAUUUUUGAUUAGUAAUAUGCAUUGCUAAGAACUUCAUCUGGACAACUUUAAAGGAGAUUUAGAUUUUUUUUUCUUUUUGCAGUUGUAUCUCGACCAAAUAUUGUCCUAUCCUAACAAACCAUACAUCAAUGGAAAGCUAAAUUUAUUCAGCUUUCAGAUUACAUAUAAAUCUCCAUUUCAAAAAAUGGACUCUUAUGACUGGUUUUGUGGUCCAGGGUCACAUACAGAAAUUUCAUUUUUAAUGGUAUUUUAUUAUUUUUAUUGCAUUUAAUGUAUUAUACUUUCAAAAAAACAUCUGCAAUGGGUUUUUAAAAUCCGUUUUAUGCAUGUUUUAGCUGGAGUCUUUCGGCCAGCUGGCAUCACUAACGUUUGGUGUUUCGAGCGCUUCGAAACAGUGAAUCAUUUUGCGAAGCAACUGGUUAAAUUGAGUCAAAGCCUCAAAAAGGGUAGUUUCUCACAUCACUGCCAAGAACACCAACAAAAUAGUCGCACUCAUGUGUGGUGGUACUCUGGAUAAUGGUGGAAGACGGUAACUCGGGAGAGAAAUAUUGUUGAAUAUAGUCAUUGUUUUUGUUUUCUUUGUGCACAAAGAGUAUUCUCGUAGCUUCAUAAAAUUACGGUUGAACCACUGAUGUCACAUGGACUAUUUGAACGAUGUCCUUACUACCUUUCAGGGUCUUGAACAUGUCAGUUGUGUUGCUGUCUAUGCAGGGUCAGAAAGCUUUCAUCAAAAAUAUCUUAAUUUGUUUUCCGAAGAUGAACGAAAGUCUUACAGUUUUUGAAACGACAUGAGGGUGAGUAACUAAUGACAGAAUUUUCAUUUUUUGGGUGAACUUUCCCUUUAAGAAAGAUAUACUACAAAUUGGAGGGAAGGGUUAUGCUGAUAAACUGGAAAUCUACUGGGACAGUCUGCUUUCAUAGACUUCUAAUGAAUGUUAGAGAAAAUUAUAUAAUCAGAAAUGUUUGUUUUAUAUUUUGAAUGGCCAUUAAAUGGCUGUCUCUGGUAAUAGAAUAGGAAUGUAUUUAUUGCAAGUAGAUAAAACUGAUCAACUGCUGCACCAACUUCAAGUACACUUUUCAAGUACACCUUUUUAUUUACAUUUGCCACAUUGCUGCAUAAUAUCCCUCUUUUUGUUUAAAGUAUGUCAGAAACACAAGCAUUAGGGAUCGACCAGAACAAAGCGUGUCAUUACAGUAUGACCCAAACAUAACCUCUCCCUACAGCUGCGUAUAGUGUGUGCAAACAUCUGGGCUUCUGAGUAUGUAGUCUCUAACUUUUCAGUUUCCCAUCAAGGGCAAUGAGAAUGAGUUUGUCCCAUCUAGAACAAAGGAAAACAUCUCCUUUCCUAGUAAGCAAGGCUCUCGGGCCUAUAAAGUCUAUAAGCCCUUUCAUGUGUGUGAAGCCUUUGAUAAAGUCCAUUCCAGACCCUUAUUAGCCCAUUACCAAUCAGAGCAAAUAACAGUGCUUUUUCUUCCGAAUGUGCUGAAAGCAGAACGAGUUUUAAGUUGGUAUGCUGGAUGCCCAGUUGAGGCCUUUGUUACAGGGAUAUUUAAAAAAAAAAUUGCUUCAUUUUUUAAUAUUGCGUUAAUUUCGCUGUUCCCAACUCAAUUUUUCUUUGUUUAUAUUACAAAUUUUGGUUUUUGUUUUGUUUAGAAGAUAAUCAGUUGUAUAGGUGCACUGCACAUAAAGGCACAUUUUAACUAUCAGACACGAAGUAUUACUCAUAAAUAUUUUCUGUUAAAAUUAAACAUUACAUGCAUUUACUUAACCGAAACUCAAAUUGAAAGUAUGAGAAUGUGAGCGUGUACGUGUCUGCUUGUCCAUGUGUGUGUGUGCAUGCUGAUUCUGGGAAGGCAGAAAACUGCAGUAAAAUUGGCCACAUCAAUCAAGUGGAAGAAAGUCCAAGCAUUCAGUGACAUGCCAUUCAGCUGAAGCAUUUGUAAUGUUUAAAACGUUUGCUUCAAGCGGGGUUUCACUCUGACUAGCUGAAUUUCAUACGCAUGGUAUGAUUGCUUUCUCCUGUAAUCAAUUCAGUUUCUAUGAAAGAGACUUUACUAAAGGAAGAGAGUUCUCACACUGAGUCAGCACAUGCAAAUAUCUGAAACCCCAACGGUGGCUGUGAAAAUCCAAACAAGAUCAUUUCCUACAUCUGAGCGUUUGUGUGUGUGGAUGUGAGCGUGUUUCUCUGCUGCAACUGCUGAAAUAGUAACAUUUAUAGCACAGACAUCCGUAAUGAACCCUCUGUCAACCUGCGGGUUACGGAGUCUAUGUGUUUGUUUGUGUUGUCAUAGCUUUAACAGUGUAAUGUUUCACUUUGUGAUUUCACGCCGGGGAUUUUUGCUACUACCUCACCCGGUCUAUGGGGGAAAUUAAAUACUAAGAUGUUUUUUUGUUCUUACUAGAUAUUUAAGACAAUGCUUAUUUUAAAAGCUUUAGCCUGAAAUACAGAUGCAUUUACUCUUUAUGUGACCUAUUUCCUUA